AUGAGAGCUUUCGAGGAUAACGAGUUAAGCGAGAUGGUGAAAAUUUCACAUGUGAUUAUUCGUGCAAAUAAAUUUAUUAUGACGAAUGCAAUAAUUGACAUUGCAUUAACAACUCUUAUUGUUCCUUUAAUCCAAUUCUUGAAUGGUGAAGACAAGGUCUCGGAAUUCAAGAGAAAAGAGAAGAUUAGUGAG